CCAAUCUUGGUGGCUGAUGCCGGUUCUUUGAAGUAUCCUUCCCGAUGCCGACCAUUUGCAGCAAGCAAGACUGCCUUUCGCUGACGCCCGCAUCCUGCACCGAGCACCGCCCGAGCCAAGGCCUCAGGUCUAGUCGGUAACAGGUAAUAGGUACCUAGCUGCUGUGAGAAGAGAGCCAGGUGGUGGCUGCUUAGCCGGACGCAUUGUGUUUGCUUCCUGGUUGUUCUGAACUGUCUUUUUGUCUUUGGUUGCUGAAACAUACCGUCUAUCGCUGUCCCUAUUCUGUACCUUGAAGAUAGAUAUCCAGGGUUUUCCUAGUCAUUCUUAUUGCGUGCGGUACCUGCACCUAACCAGCUCUUCUCUUUCCUCUCUUUUCUCUUUCUCUUUACCUCAUCUAGCUCGUCUUAACCUUUUCCCCUCACGCUGAGGUACCUCAGAGCCCAUCCGCGCUGCUUGACAACGUAAUACUCUCGGGAAAAGAGCUCACCUCGCCCGGCAACCCGGUUGUGAAAAUGGCUCCCCGAUCGAGCAACCCCAGACAAUCCGUUGCUUCGCACAGGUCGACAUUAUCGCUGUCAAAGACCGAAGUCUCGAUUCAUGUCUACGAUCUGCUUCCUCCAGGGCGGUUAUCCUCUGUCCUCUGGACGGUCGGCGCGUCACUUCUUCAUUCAGGCGUCGUCAUUAAUGGCAGAGAGUAUGCCUACGGCGGACACGAGCGACGCGGGGUGACCGGGGUCUACUGGACGAAGCCCAAGACGGAGCCCCCCGGCGGCACGUUCAAGUCGGAGAUCCUUCACGGCUUCACCUUUGCGACGCAGGCCGAGAUCGACGCGAUACUGGAGGAGGCGUCCAAAGAGUUCCUGGGUACCUCCUACAACCUCCUGACCAAGAACUGCAACCACUUCACCUCGUACCUGUGCAAGAAGCUUACCGGCCGUCCCGGCCCUGGCUGGCUCAACCGUGCGGCGAGCAUCGGCGUCGCGUUGCCAUGCGUGGUCCCCCGAGACUGGAUCGACCCGCCCGAGUACGAAACCGCCGACGGCGCGCUCCUGGAAGACGACGAUGAUCACGCACACGAAGGCUCUAGGAUGCUGAAGCAGUCACCGCCGAGGUUUCUCACCCAAAACCCAAAGGGCCAGGCCGAGGACGCCGACUGGGACAGCGAAGAUGAGCGUCGCCGUGGAGGUAAUGGCAAGGGCAAGAAAGCUGUGAGGGACACCGCAGGGCGCGAUCUGCCUGCUGCCGAAAGGGCCCCUGAUGGGAAGUGAUGUCUAUAUAGCCGGGAACAGAGCGGUAAGGCAUAGGUACCUGGCGUUGCAGGUCUGGCGUAAUUUUCUUUUUGGUGGACUCCUAUGGUUUGGACGGCGUACAGCACUUGAUACCAGAGGGGAUGGUUGGACAUUUGCAUAUCGACGUAAAUAUCAGAAUGCAAGAAAAGCUGCUCUUUGUGAUAUAUGGUACAGUUGUACACGUAUUGUACAUUUGUGUUUGCUUCCUCUGCGACCCCCCAGCCGCUGCCGCCGCCGCCAUGUGCCUGUAUGGGAUUUUU